AUGCUCAGCCAAUUCGAGAUACCGUUCAUGGUGCCCAGAUGGGCAGCUUUCCUCAUGGCCCAGCUCCUGUGGUUCCUGAGUUUCUCAGACAGCCCGGAGAUGAGCACCUACCACACUGCGAGCCUCAAUGAAGAGUACGAUUACGUCAUCGUGGGCGGCGGGUCGGCGGGCUGCCUGCUGGCCAACCGGCUGUCGGCGAACCCACUGACCACGGUGCUGCUCCUGGAGGCCGGGGGCCUGGAAGACGCGUCGACGGAGGUGCCGCUGCUGGCGCUGCUACACUUCCACGGCCGAUUCGACUGGGACUACCGCACCGAGCCCCAAAACGCCAGUUGCCAGUCCAUGAAAGGCAAGUACAGUCCGUGGGCUCGAGGCAAGGUGCUGGGCGGUUCAAGCGUCAUCAACUUCAUGAUGCACGUGCGCGGAAACAAGCGUGACUACAACUCGUGGGCCGAGGAGUACGGCGCCAAGGGUUGGUCCUACGACGAGGUGCUGCCCUACUUCAAGAGCAUCGAGUCCUUUCACGUCAAGCAGUAUGUGCACAACGGUUACCACGGCAGCAGCGGCGAGCUUCCGGUGGAUUACCCGAACAUCCGCACGUUGCUCAGCAAGACCUUCUUGGAAGCUGGCAAGGAACUUGGCUACGACUACGUUGACUACAACGGUCCCACACAAGCAGGUUUUUCGCGGGUGCAGGGCAACGUGAAGGACGGAGUGCGGUACAGCGCGAGCAAGACUUUCAUCCGACCAAUCCUGUCGCACCGAAAAAACCUGCACAUCUCUCUGCUGACCAAGGUGACGAAGGUGCUCUUCAAGGACAAGCACGCCUACGGGGUUCUCUUCAAGAGAGGAGCCGAAGAGCGGACGGUGCGGGCCAAGCGAGAGGUUAUCCUCUCGGCGGGCACCAUCGGCUCGGCUCAGCUGCUGCUUUUGUCCGGCGUCGGCCCGGCAGACCACCUCGAGCAACUGAAUAUCUCGCUUGUCGCAGACCUUCCGGUGGGACAGAACCUUCAGGACCACAUGUUCACGGGCGGCGUGGCAGCGACCAUGAAGAAGGGCGCCGAGCUGCAGCUGGCUAACAUGGCCAUCAUCACAGACUACGUCUUCGGGAGGAGAGGCCCCCUGGCCGUCCCGGCCGGCAUCGAAGUGCUGGCCUUCGUGAACACGCCCUUCGUGAACGCCAGCCUGGACUACCCCGACGUGGAGAUCGUGCUCAUGUCCGUGUCGCCGAGCAGCGACGAAGGAGAGCGCUACCUCAUCGACACCGGGCUCACUCGAGAGGUCUACGACGCGUACUACAAGCCCAGACGAGGAGAGCACGGCUUCCAGCUCGCACCCAUCAUCAACAGGCCCAAGUCCAAGGGCCACGUCCGGCUGAGGAGCGCGGACCCGGACGAAGCACCCGUCAUCGACCCGCGCUAUCUCACGCAUCCCGACGACAUCCAGGUCGCCGUGCAAGGCGCCAAGGCGGCGGUACAGAUCAUCCGGAGCAAGGCAUUCGAAAAACUGGGCGCGCGGCUGUGGACCAUUCCUUUCCCUGCCUGCAAAGCGGAGGGUGCCAUGUGGAGCGAGCCAUACCUGGCCUGCCUGGCGCGCCACCACACCUGCACAACGUGGCACCCCUGCUGCACCUGCCCUCUGGGCGAGCACGGGGCAGCGGUCGUCGACAGCAGGCUCAGGGUCCGCGGUGGAGUGACGGGUCUGCGCGUUAUCGACGCCUCGGUGAUGCCGAGCAUCGUGACGGCCAACCUGAACGCGCCCACGUACAUGAUCGCCGAGAAGGGAGCCGCCAUGAUCAGGGAGGACCACGACCCGUCUCCUUCCGGGUUCCUCAACUUGAUCGGAUGA